UAUAUAAUCAAUCAGUAAUGUUUGAUAAGUAAUGCAGACCUGGCAAGAAAAAACAAUUUUUAACCUUAUCAGUAUAAUAUUUGUUGACUUGUAAAUAUUUUCUAAUUCACAAUACUAACAGUAGUUGGCUUUAGUUGUUAUAAGACAGUCCGUGUCUAAAUAGUUUUGUUGUCAGUUGGAGUUAAAGUAGUUAAAUUCUUCAUAAACAAUUCUUAACGUGCGUGAAAUUGGAACAAGUUUGGAAGUAAUUUUGUGUAAUAUGGCUUCUAUCAAACACUUUAUAAAAUACCGAAGGGAAGAGGUUGAAGACAAAAGUUGGAGAGAUACAAUUACAUGGACUGUGGCGAACUUUAAACAUAUAAUGGAAGAAGCCAAAGAUUUCAGACUUGUAUCUGAGGAAUCCAGUAAUACAGUACAACUUCCGCAAACGAGAUUUGUUUUGGGUCUAGUGCAUGAACGAAAAGUAAUUCAUGUAACUUAUACGUUUCCAAAGGCUGCUACUGUUGAGUAUAAAGUGCGUUUCAAUUUUAAAAAGGGCCACAUUAUAGCUGAAUGCUAUAACGAUAUUAUAAAGGAGAAUAACAGAUCUUGGAACUUCAUGGUAAUUUUAUCUAACGACACCGAUAAUCUUGGUUGUAAAAUAAUUUCACCAACAAUAAAUAAUAGUUUCAUAGAUAUGGCUCAAAUAUGGUACGACUAUUAUUUAACUCCGGACAAAAAUCUACAUAUUAUAUUUAACUUCAAAGUGACAUUGAAUGAAAUGGAUGUCAAUGAUAAACGGAUAGAUGAUUUAAAUGAAGAUUUCCAAAAGUUGUUUGUUGAAGGAUUAUUUUCUGAUGUUACUAUGAAUUCUGCAGACGGAUCUAGCUUUAAAGUACACAAGAACAUAUUAGCGAGCAGGAGUGCGGUCCUUAGGAUGCAUUUUGUACAUGACACUACCGAGAAUCGUACUAAUACAGUGGAGUCCCCGUUUGAAACUGAUGUGUUACGGGACAUACUGAUUUUUAUAUACAGUAACACAGCCCCGAGAGUUGGAGAGAUGCCAGACAAGCUGCUGGAAGCUGCCGAUUAUUACCAACUAGAUAGAUUGAAAGAAAUGUGUGUCAGAGUGUUACGCGCCAAGCUUACUGUUGAGAAUGCAAUAGACACGCUACAAUUAGCUGAUAAAUAUCGCGAUGAAUCAUUGAAGCAAGCAACUAUACACUUCAUUAGGGAUCAGUCACCACAUUCAAUAAUGAAUUCAGAAGGGUGGGCUAAUCUUAAAUGUUUACGUUUGUUGACGAUUAUCUCUAGAUGUUUCGUGGAAGACGAUUACGAUCCAGAUAUAUUGAAACAAUACAUAACAGAUAACGAGAAGUUGAAUACCUAGUUUAAAUAUUUUUGUUAUUAUUAAAUAAUAAAAUUUAAUUUGUAUUUUA